AAAAGAAGAAUUAUCAAAUUAAUUAACAGAUUUCACAAUUAAAGAAUUGAAAUAAAACCAAUAAAAAGAAUAGGCAGCUCUAGAGAAGCUUUACAAACUUUCUAAGAGUUAAAAAAUAGUGUGAUGAAAGAUUAAAAUUGGGAUUAGACUGAAUAAUAUAAUGGUUUAUAUUAAGCAAAGGUUUCAGAAUUAGAACAAGAAAAAGAGAGUUUAAUUUAAUAAACUUAAGUAAGCUAAGAAUAAUCUAAAAAACAUGAAAAUGAUUUGAAGAAUUAAUAAUAAGGUAUUUUGAAAUGCAAGUAGAAAUAUGAAGAAUGCUAAUAAGAAUUAAAAAAAUGUUAAUCAUAAAUUUAAAAUAAAAUAAAUGAGAUUGAUUUAAAAGCUUAGUAAGAGAAUAAAACUUAACAAGUACUCUCAAAGUAUAAACAAUAAUUAUAAAAAUUGAAAGAGAACUUUGAUAAUUAAUCUAAAGAAUUAGAAUUACAAAAAUGUAAAUUUGAAGAUUUAACAUAAAAAUAUGAAUAAGAAUAAGAAAAGAGCUAAAAAUUAUAAGAAGAUAUCGAAAAUGAGAAAAAGAGAAGGAAAGGAGAUAUUGAGAAAAGUAAGAAGCUUUUAGAGGAAAAAAAUUUGGAAAUUGAAAGGUAUUAUAAUCAUUUUUAAUAUUAAUAGAUUAUAAUAAUAAAUUCAAUAAAAAAUAAUUGAAAGUUCUCAAAACAUAGUUUAAAAGGAGAUUGAAAAAAUAUAAAAUCCUUGA